AUGGUGACGAGAGGUUGUGGAAGGGGAAAGGAAAAGAAGCAGGGGACAGCGUGGAAGAACGCCGUAUGGAGCAAGGCGGGGGAUGGGGCAAGUUUAGUCAGUCAGAUGGCGCUAGGGGAGCUGGGGGGUGGAGAUUUGGAGCGUUGGCAGUGGGCACUCAAGAAGCGGCGAAACACCACAAAGUGUGACUUCACUACCACGGGGGAACUCGUAUUCAAAACCGUCCAGGAGGCCAACUUGCUUUGCCCACGUCCAAAGUCUCUGUUAGAUUUCACCUAA